AUGGCGGCGACCGAGGAGGCGGCAUGCACAAGUGAACCAGAAUUGGUUUGCAAAAAAGGUGCAACAUCCGUGGUGUGGAGCUGGUUUGGUUUUCGCCCGUCGGAUACACGGCAGAACACUAUUUUUUGCAAAAUAUGCAAGCGGUCCGUCGUGGCGAAGGGAGGAAACACCACGAACCUGUUUCACCAUUUGAAGCAAAAGCACUUACUGGAGUACAACAAAGCUGUAAAAGCACGCGAGGAGGCGUCUGCAUCAACUGAUGAUGUGAUUUUCAACAACGACCUGUUAAAAGUAAAAGACAAUGACACUCAGCUGACCAAAGACAUCAAAACAGCAAUACUUGACUACAUGAACAAAAGCUACAAAGACAGUGUCACAGAGAGGCUUAUUAACAUGGCUUCUCUCCUUGAUCCACGCUUCCGCACAGAAUAUCUCAGCGAGAGUGAAAGUGAAGCCAUCAAAGUCCAAGCCAUCAGUGAACUGGAGCCUCUUGUGUACCAGGGUAGCACAGCUAUAGGAUUUAAAGAGCGGCCUCCGCAUGCUGUGCCCAGCAGCUCAGCUGUGAUCUGUGGCUUUGGGGAGUUCUCAUUAGGCGUUAGCAGGCCCCAGAUCGAAGAAACCUAG